AUGCCCGCCGACGCCUGGUUGUCCCGUAUUCUUAGCGUACUCAGAGUUGAGCCGAGCCCGUACUUGAUGAUAUAUGAGCUGACGCUGUACAUGAGCAACGUGGUGGGAGCUGAUGACGUCAGGGUUUAUGCUCUGACCCCUAGCCACCCCUCACGGGUGCAACGCAUCGUUAUGGGCAUGAGCAUGGUUCCCCAUCUGGUGAAUAUUGCUGCGGAUAAAGCAGAGUUGUUGCUGAAGGUAGCUGCUGGAGGGUCGACGGUGCUGGAAACCAGGCCUGACAACCCUGACAGAUACAACCUGACAUCUGUACGGAUGCUCGUGGACGACGACUCGGAUGAGCGUUAUAUGAUGCUGCAGCCUGUUCUGGGGUCUGAUGGGAAACCCGCAUUCGUAGUGGAGUUCAAUCGUAAGUGGCAGCCAUUCUCCACUGAAGACACGAAUAACAGCUCCCACUUCCUCGUGUGGGGAAGCCUACUAAUUUUAUGGUGUGACAUGUACACCAGCAAGAAUCGAACCUGGGACGUGACAGAAUUCACGUUGGAAGUUGUGAAGGACAUCUUCGAAGAGAUGGUGGCUAUGACACAAGUCAUCAAAAAGAUUUUGGAGGCCGCACAGAGACUGGUGAAUGCCGACCGUGCCUCGCUAUUUUUGGUGGACUGGCGGAACAAGGAGCUGAUAUCCACAGUGUUUGACCUCCGUGUUGAACCAGGAGCUGAGGACAAAGUGGAGGUGACGGAGCUCCGUCUGCCUCUCGACAAGGGUAUCGUUGGUCAUGUGGCUACGUCCGGUGAGACAAUGAACAUACCUGACGCGUACGCCGAUGCCAGGUUUAACAGAGAGAUAGACGAAAAAACGGGCUACAAAACUGUCAGCAUACUUUGUAUGCCUGUCAAAGUAAAAGGCAAAGUGUUUGGGAUCGUGCAGAUGGUAAACAAACGGAACGAAGAGCAUUUCACACACGAGGAUGAAGUGUCCUUUCGAGAGUUCUCCACAUUCUUUGGAUUAGCUCUUCACCACGCAAAACUGUAUGAAAAAAUUCAACGUAAAGAACAGAAGCACAAAGUGGCUCUCGAUGUACUGAAAUACCAUAACACUUGCAAGGAGGACGAAGUGGAAGAACUUUUGAAGGACGACUUCGAGGGGUCACAGCCCGCCUGUGACUUGACCGAUUUCUAUCUGAACCCAUUCAAGUUGAACGAACUGGCUAAAUGUCAUAGAUUUUUAGCCAUGUUCGACAACUUGUUCGACAUGGGCAACUUCGACAAGAACACCUUGGCGCAUUUUGUACUGACAGUCAAGAAGAACUAUAGGGCAGUACCGUACCACAACUUUGACCACGGAUGGUCUGUGGCGCACACGAUGUAUUGUAUUUUGACGAAUGAUACCCUACACCGAUUCAACCACAAUGAGCGGUUGGCGCUGUUUGUGUCUUGUCUGUGCCACGAUCUGGACCACAGAGGGUAUACCAACAAGUACAUGAGUGAAAUCUCUUCGCCAUUGGCAGCAAUGUACUCCACAUCCACAUUGGAGCACCACCACUUCAACAUUACUGUUAUGAUACUCCAACAGGACAAUCAUAAUAUUCUGGGGAAUCUAACCAGCGAGGAUUAUAAAGAGGUCCUUGGUUAUAUUCGUCAGUGCAUCUUGGCGACUGACUUGGCGGCAUUCUUCCCCAAUUUGGAGAAGAUGAAAGAGCUGUGUGCAGAAAAGCCCAAAUUUGACUGGGAAAAUCGAAUUCACAGAAAUCUAGCCAUGGCCAUUUCGAUGACGGCAGCUGAUUUGUCAGCGUCUUGUAAACCGUGGGAGAUCCAACUAAAGACCGUUAAGGUCAUUGUUGAAGAGUUUUAUCAUCAGGGAGAUGAAGAGAAACGGCUUGGGAAGACUCCUGUGCCGAUGAUGGAUCGGGAAAAGCCUAACGAGCAGACUGAGAGUCAGAUUGGUUUUCUCAGUCAAAUCUGCGUGCCAGCAUACACGAUUCUUUGGAAAAUCAUGCCAAGGACCAUACCCUUAUACUUCAUGGUUACGAGGAAUUUGAAGGCUUGGCAAGCCAUAAAAGCUAGACAAAUGAAUGAAAAGUCAGACAAUGGCGGGAACUCUACGUUAUCUGAUGUGCCAGACAUAUCUGCUGACAGUUCCUCCUACAACGGAGAUGAUACGAAAGGAGUGUGUAGAUAUCAGAGUGAAAAAACCAAGGAGGAAGAAAUGCAAGCGGAAGAACGCGCAGAAGCAGCUCGGCUAGAUGAAGCGUGUGGAGGUGUUGAUGAAGUGGGUGGAGAGUCUGUUGCUGAAACUGAGGCGCGAAACCUUGGCCAAGCCUCUGACCACGUCCUAGACGAACAGUCAUGGACGGACGAUGAUGUCGUUGUUGCUAGUGGUAACGGAGAUUUAUUGGCACUAUUAAGAGAAUUAUCAACAGAUUAA